CAGGCGGUCACACUGUGCUGGAUGUAAACAAAACAAGAAAAACAUUUAAACGGUGUUUUUAGUAAUUUAUUUAUUAAAAAAUGAGCACGCUGGUAAAAGAUGAUGCAGAAAUAGACUUUUUAGAGGAAGACGAGCAGGACUUGGAGCCAAAAUAUGCCCACACCUUGCAGCUAGAGUCUAAUGGCAUUAAUAAUAGUAAUCAUUGCUCCAGUUCGUUAAGCAAGCAUGCGCUGCGCUGCAGGUGGGCGCACGGCGAGGUGGGCGUGUUUCUUAACAUUAUAAACAAACUGAAGCUGCAGGGUCCAUUGCUACGCAAGCGAAAUGCCAAGGUAUUCAAGCUCGUCUCCAGAGAAAUGGCCAAGAUGAAUAUAGUAAAGCGACCGGAUCAGUUGCGCAUUAAAUAUCAUCAGCUAAGAAGACAAUAUGCCAAAUCAAAAACUGACGGCGAGCCAUUUGAAUACUUUCAACAAAUGCACGAACUGAUAAAUGCCAAAGUCAGCGAUGCCGAAGAGAGUGAGCUGGAGGGGAGCGACGAUGAAGAGGAAGUAGCAUCAGAGGGUACUGAAGAUGCUCUUGUGGCGGAUAUGCCUAAAAUAGCGCGUUGCAAAUGGGCAGAAGGCGAGGUGGAUGUGUUUUUAAAUAUUAUAAUUUCAAUGGGACUGCAAUCGGCGCUGCUGCGUAAGCGCAAUGCUAAAAUCUUUAAGCUACUUUCGAAGGAGAUGGCCAAGAGAGAUUACAAUAAAGCGCCUGAAAAGCUACGCAUAAAAUAUCAAAUGCUAAGAAGACAGUACAAUAAGGCUAAGAAUGGUGGCGAGAGCUUUGAGCACUUUGACAUCAUGGAUCAGCUUUUAAAUCAGCCAGGCGCAGCAGAGCUGGAGGCAGAAAGCAGCAGCUCUGAGAGUGAUUGCUCGGAAAGUGGCAGCAGCGAAGCAGAUGCUACAAAAAGUCGUCACGCUGAUUAUUACUGGACGGACCCGGAGGUAGACAGCUUUCUCUCCAUUAUCAAGGAACAGAAUCUCUUUCGCGCUGUCGAUGGCUCCAAAAAACGCAAUUUCAAAACACUCGCAUACAUAUCCAAAGUACUGGCACAGCAGUCGUACCAGCGAACCCCCGAUCAGCUGCGCAACAAGCUGCGUUUGCUGCUGCGUCGUUACCGCGAAGCCAAGACGGAGGGCAUUAAAAAUGUGCGACUGCUGUCGCGUCACUUUGAGAUACUCGAUGAUCUAGUGCAAAAGCGACGCAGUAAAGAGCCCACGCAAGCGCCAAAGAGCUUAGUACACAUCGAAGCCAGCGACAGCGAUGAGUUAAGCUCGGAUUCCAGUUGUGAUUUACUGCGCAGCGCCGCUGCCGCCGCUGGUAGUGAGCAUGACUACGAGCUGCCUGCAGAGCCUACACCCUUGGAAGUCUUAAGUAGCAUUAGCGAGGGACAAAAGCAGCUGCUGACGCAGUUGAGCAGCAGCCAUGAGCGCUUCCUGCAGCAGCAGCGUGAAAUGCAAACGCAGUUUCUGCAAGAGCUGUCGCGAAUAAUGCGGCAGGAGCGCGAGGCAACAUGUCGCAUGUUGAAGGAGCUGCUGCAAAAUAAAAGUUGAAUAAAAAGAGAGCGCUGGUGUCAAGCUUCUAAAACUUUUAUUAAAUUGAAUUUGAAGUUAUUGCAAAAAGUUGUCAUUACUUUUAAGUUGUGUGUGUUUAGUUUGUAUGUGUGUUGAGUUUUAUGCUGUGUAUUAGUGUUAGUGUUAGGCCGGCUGCAGACAGAGAGCAAAGCGUCAGCGCUCAGGCCGAGCUUAGUCAAAUAAAUAAGAGUACAUAGCUUAGCUUGCUCUUUGUUGGACACUUUGCUAUUUGGCUGCAGCCGAACUUAGUUUAGCUUUUACCUAAGUUUGCAUUUAUGCACUUUAGUUUUAUUUGAAUUUUUAAUAUUCGUUUGCAAUUCAUUAUGAAUUUCAGUUG